AUGUACUCGGUUACGUUAUGUGAGGGUGGGUGGGUGUGGAAAUGGCGCAGGGGUAUCCGAUCAGGGGUGGAGGAUGAACAGUUUAUUCAUCUGACAGAUCGAGAUGAUAGUUGGAUGUGGAAUGUAACUGGGCAGGAUUCUUUUUCGGUCCGACAGCUUCGCCCCAUCAUUGAUCAUGCUCUUCUCCCUAGUGAGCCGAUUAACACGAGAUGGAAUCCUUUAGUCCCAAAGAAGAUUAAUGUCUUUUUGUGGAGGUUAGUAAGAGAUCGACUACCUUCUCGAUUUAAUCUAAGUCGAAGAGGUUUGGAUAUUUCAUCUAUCUCUUGUCCAAUAUGUUUAGCUCAUGUAGAAAAUUCUGUCCAUACUUUUGUUACAUGGUCUUUUGCCGCGGAAGUUUAUAACCUGAUAACAAAAUGGCUUCAUAUGGAUAUCUCUAAGGAUCGAACUGCCAUAAUUUUAGAAUGGAUACAAAACAAUUUGUAUCCAAAAAAGUUUAAAAGGUUGUUGGAGGCGACGUAUUUUGUAUGGUGGUGGUCAUUGUGGAAACACAGAAAUCAGACUCUCUAUAACGGGGUAUGGAAAGUAGUGUCGUUGUCUUUCACUCUAUUGUUUCCUUGUCGUAUAUGUGGUUCUCUAGUCGUAGUAAUAAGCAUAAUUUCUCUUGGUCGUUAUGAUCAAUGA